AUGGCUCUAGAAGAAUGUCACAUCUCUGAGGGGUUCAAGAACAUGUCACAAGCUAGUGAUGGCGGAGGAAAUGAUUUGACGAAAGGACUAUGGACUCCCCAAGAGGAUGCACUACUGGUAAAAUAUGUAACGGAAAAUGGCGAAAGGAGAUGGAAUGAUGUUUCGAAAAAGUUUGGGUUAAUGAGAUGUGGGAACAGUUGUAGGCUUCGAUGGUUUAACCAUUUAAGGUCUAAUCUCAAGAAAGAAGAUUUUACUCCUGAAGAAGAAAACAUCAUCUUAAAGCUUCAUGCAAAAUAUGGCAACAGAUGGUCACAUCUUGCUCGUCAUGUACAUUUCUCUCCCCUUUUCUCUCUUUGA